UUUAUUUCUCACCGCAUCUCCUCUGCCACCUGCCACAGCUGCGACGCAGCGAUGGAGAGCUGCUGCAAAUUAUUGUAAUCUCAUAGAAGACCACCACCGAGGGAGAAAGGCAAAGACACAGAGGAAAAGAUAGGUAGGAAAGAAAGAGAGAGAGAGACAGACAGACAGAGAGAAAGAACGAGGGAGAAAGAGAGAGAGAGUGACAAGCGAAAACAGAAACAUAUGGUGUGUGUGGUGAGCGGCUGUUUCUGAGGACUGCUGAACCUGCUGAAACUUAUUCAACCAACCGAGAUCAACUACAAGGCUCAUUUCACUCGUUCUUUUCAUUUUUUCCGACACUUCUCUGCCUUAUUUUCGCGUGCUCACACCUGUGUGGGGCUGUGCUUACACAUCUGUUUGAUUAGUUUGUGCAGGGUGGAUUGCGGUUGUUGUACCUCCCUGAACGCGCGCGCGCACACACGCACACAGAUCAUCACAAGACGCGGUGCAGCCCACAAAAGCUUCUUGCAAGGAGGAAAUUGAAUUAGACGUUAGAAGUUAUUCCUACUGAAGAGGAGCACAAGAGGGGCUGGCUCUCGGCUUUCCUUUGCUUUCCCGGCUCACCGUGUCUACUCCGGGCCCACCAGGAGUUUCCUAAACCCUCCCCUCUCUCCUCCUACCUUCUCCCGAUAACGAGCUAUGUCUGGACAGACUGUGACCGUCCCGGACGACCAGGCGUUCGCCAGCUUCAAGGCCGAGUGCCUGAGCGAGGACAGCUGGAGUCUGACCCACACCAAGGCAGGCAUCACGGUGUGGACCCAAGGUCUGGAGGAAGGGAAGUCCGUCCACAAAAUUAAGUGUCGGAUGGUGUGUAAGGACGUGUCAGCUGAGAUCAUGUACGACGUUCUCCAUGACAUUGAAUACAGGAGGAAAUGGGACACAAAUGUCAUCGAGACUUUCGAUAUCGGGAGACUCACGGUCAACGCGGAUGUUGGCUAUUACUCAUGGAAGUGUCCAAAGCCUCUUCGGAACCGCGAUGUCAUCACGCUUCGCUCCUGGCUGCCAAUGGGGAAAGAUUACAUCAUCAUGAACUACUCUGUCAAACAUGCCAAAUACCCUCCUAAAAAGGACAUGGUGCGAGCCGUGUCCAUUCAGACUGGCUACAUGAUCCAAAGCCAGGGACCCAACCACUGCACCCUCACAUACAUGGCCCAGGUUGACCCACGAGGUUCAUUACCCAAGUGGGUUGUCAACAAGUCUUCCCACUUCCUUGCUCCUCGUGCAAUGAAGAAGAUCAACAAAGCCUGUUUGAAGUAUUCAGAGUGGAAGCAGAGACACAACCCUGGCUUCAAGCCCUGGAUCUACCCCGAACAGACUACAUUACCCAGCAUCCCACUCUCUGAGCUCAGCAUUCAGCAUGCAGACAGCCUGGAGAAUAUUGAUGAGAGCUCUCUGGCUGAGGCCCAGGAGAGAGAAGACAGCGACUAAGAAACACAUGCACACAAACACACCCAUGUAUUCAUACACACGCACACACACAAACAGAAAUGCAGAGAUAUAUGUAUGCUUGAUACACAUCUACAACCACACAUGUCAAUGUGAUUCUGUGUGUGUGUGUGUGUGUGUGUGUGUGUGUGUGGACACAUGGACAUACAUUCUUGAUUCCAUACUGCAUUGGCAUAUGCAGGCAUGCUAACAGUCACAUGUAUGUAAGCAUUCAUGCACACAGACCAACUCAUACUUCACCAACUUGAUUCCACACUUACAUACAUAAUGUAUGACCAAAUACAUAUACAAACAUGCAUCAUAGAUGUACCUACUCACGAGGGGCUGCAAGACUACUUAUUUUUACAAGUCAGUAAACUAAUAUUUAAUAUAGUCAAAUGUGAUUUUUCAUGCUUGUUCAAGGAAUAUCAAAGUUUUCUAAUCAUGGCCUAUGCAGAUUAUCAUAGCAAAAUAUAUUUUCAUUAAGAUUCACUGUUUAAACAUCUUGUUGUCAUUCAAAAUAUGAACAAUGGAUUUGAAAAUGCUUUCCUGCUGGGAAAACACUGGUGAAACCCCUGGUGGUCAUGUAUACAGUAGGAACAUACCUGUGUAGACAAAUGGACACACACCAUUCUUUCACACUACAUUUAUGCACCCAGACAUGUAUACACAUUAGAUUUGUAUCUUUUUGCCUGUGUUGUCUCUCUGUCACUCAUUAUGUGUUUCCCUCACAUUUUGUAAGCACAUAAUAAAUAUGCAGGUGUGCAGAAGGCAGCUGGAAAUCCAAACCCAACCUGCAACCCUCUCUCUCACUCUCUCUCACACUCACACACAGACACACACACACACACACACACACACACACACAUAUAGACACACAUACAGAUUUUACACUCACGUACUGUCUGCUCCUCUAUUUGAGAGAUGUUUGAAUGUAUGUAGAAUUUAAAAAUUAAAUGCAUAUUCCUACAAAGGUUUUCAAAUUUCA